CUAAAUCUUCUCAAUCCAAAUAUCUUGGAGCUUAACAUUUCUUCGAUAACAUGAAGUGAGUGGGGUUUUUUUUCCCCCUUCAAUAUUUGGCAAAGAAAAGGUUUCAGUUCUCUUUUCACCUUACCAAAUUCAUUUUUCAAAUCUUAUGUGAAAAUUCAUCUUUAUGCAAAUAGUUUCCCUCUGCCUUCUUCAGACAUACAUAUAAAUUCAAUUACCCAAAUAAAUCACUGCACUAUUUGGAAAUAAAUUUCAUUUCCAACAUCAGAGAUACAACCUAUUGGCCUGUUAAAAUACCAAAAUGACUAAAUCCCCAAAUACAUAAUGAUCUUUCAAGAAUCAGAAUGGGCAACUGGUAUAAAUGCUGUUACUUUCUAUGGUGCUUUUAGAAGUCCCUUUACAACAACUAUUCCCAUCAGUCUAAAAUUACCAAGGCAAGAUCAUGAAAAAAAACUAGACUAAAAAAUAGGAUUCCCUAUACCUGAAUUUUAAUAAAGACUCAACAUAUAAAAAAGAUGAUACUUUUUCAGGUUCCUGAAGCUUUCUCACUCCUACCAUUAGGAAUUUGUGAGGCAUGGGAUGCUUAGGAAAAAUGUUUUGAGAUAACAAAAGUAUAUUCAGGGCUGAGUUGCUCUAAGAAAAUGAAAAUAAUAAGGAAAGUACAGCUUUUGACUUUCUGUUACAAAGUCCUGAAGAAUUUUCUUUUUGUUAAGACAAAGUGUUAAAACAAAGUUUUUCCUCAUAGGAUACUCUCUUUGGGAUGGAGAAGAGGUUUCAGUGAAGGAUCAGUGAACCAGAAAGAGUUUGGGGAGCUCCUCUUUCCAGCUAGCACUAAAAGCUCUUUUUAAGCGUUGUGAUGAUCCUGAGGGUUACCUGCAACUCUUGCUCAAUGAUGUUCAGAGAUGCAGUCCCUAGUCCUUUAUUUUACAGAUAAGGAGGUGGAGGCCAGGAGAAUACGCGUGACCUGGCCAACAAAUGUCAACUUUAGCUGUCUUCUGCUUGGGUUGAAGGUCCCAAAUAAGGGGGGCACUCUUGACCAGAUCCUUUCUCAAACUCUUAGGAUCCAACAAGCUUUAAGGAAUGCUUCCUCUUAUCUGAACUGGGCACUUAAAGGUGACCCAUCUACUCUCAUUUCUUCCUAUUUUCUAAACUAAAAUCCAAUCGUGGACAGAGGCGGUUCUCUUUCUCAAAGUUGCCCCCAUCCCCCCACCUUGAUUUCAAACGCUGCUGCUUUUGGAGCACAAGCUAUGGGAAUAAGUCAAGAUAGACACCAGGAGAGCCCAAAGGCUGGCACACAACAGUCCAGCCCUGAGGCCCUGCAGGAUGAACAUUGAGGACCAAGGUCGGAGGGAAGCCUCGUCCGCGGUGGGCUUAACUCGUCCAAACUGACAACUGCAGGACAAAAGCCGGGUGUACACGAGAACGCGUCUUCAGAGUUUGCAGCAGCAAGUACGCCAGCAGCUCGCUGGGGAGACUGGCACUCAAACCCUAAACAGAAGUAGGGCCCCGGUGGGCAAAAACGGAACCGGUAAUGGGAUAAAGACGAGGUCACCUGCUGGUACCUAAAGACUAGUGGAAUGACCAUCGCCGCCUUAGCAGUACCCUCCAGCGAUUAACCCAGAGUCCGGGAUACAGGAAGGAGACAGAAGACGAGCCGCCGGACGGACACUGGCCCGAUGGGCAAGUGAUGACCCCGUCUCCUUCCUGCUCAUUCUCAUCUCACUCCGUACUGCUUGGGGUCCUCAACAAAACCCGAACCCCCUCCCCCACCGCAGCUCCCCGAUCAGCUCCCACCCCAUCGCCUCCCAGGGCCCGGCCUGGACACCCCGCCGCCCCUCUUCGGAGCCUACCUGGCCUCCGACCACACCCCCUCUGGCCACCGGCCCCGCCCCCUCCUCGGCUCCCGCGCUCCGGCCGCCGCCGGCCGCCCCGCCCCGCAACCCUCAGGCCCAUUACCGGCCCGACCCCGCUGCCGCUGCCUGCCUCCGCCUUCCUCGAAGGUCUCCGCCGCCCCCGCUGCCGCUGCCGCCGCCGCCCAGGCCCGGGGCGCCGGUACGUCCUGCCGAGCCCCAAGGCAGGCUGGGAAAUGCAGUCGGCUUCCAUCGACUGGAAUGCUGGGAGCUGGAGUCCGCGAAAGGGGCGGACUCGUCAUAAACUAGGAAGGAGUUUCGGAGUCUAAACCGCAGGGGCCUCUGGGAAAACGAGUUGCAGCGGCUGCAGAAGAGGCAGUUUCCGUCCUUCUAAUCCCAAUUCGAAAUAGUCCCAAAGCCCCACCUUUACCCGUACGAUUCCCGUCUAAUAUGGUCUUUAGUACCCAUCUGAACUCCUGGAAUAGGGGCCCCCGCCACCCUUGUAGCCCAUUCCAUUUUGGUGUCCUACUCCUUGUCAUUGGCAUCCAUCGUCUCUAGAGGUAACCCCUCUACCACGUGACAAUCCCUCAAAUCUGGAGAGAGCGCUCUCUUCUCCGGUAGUAGUAUGGCUUCAAGCUCCAACGCAUAACUAUCGAAUCCACCCACCCCCUAGACCCAUCCCAGCUCCUACAAGAGGCCAUCCUGGCCGCAGUCUUUCAGCUGCAGGUUUACCAGAAGACAGAAGGGAGGAUAAAUUAGCAACGCCGCUGGUGGGUUGGGCUGCCAAAUGUGUGGCUGAAUUAUAUAUUAAACUUGCAAUUCACCAGCCCCUUUUCACCUUAAUUGCUUUUUAUCACUCCCUAUUCUGAAUUUGGGUUCAAACAGCUUAUCCUCAUUCCAGCAG